GCCCCUCCCAGCGGAAGCGGCUGUCGGCGCUGCGGGGCCGGGCCGGGGCGGGAUGGGCGCGGCCGCUGCCGGCUUCGGGUUCUGCCGAGGCAGUUACUGUGCGGGCACCCAUGUGGCUGCUGACCUCGCUCCUGUGCCUCUCGCUCCUUCUGGCACAUGGCUACCAAAAAGAAAUAAUUGGCAUCAUGGGAGAAAAUUUUACUUUUCCAGUAGAAAUAGACCAAAAAACAGUGGACAUUGUCUGGAAGAAAAACAAGCAUAAAGUGGCUGAAUUGGAGGAUCAAAACAAACUGACAUAUUAUAGUCCGCUUCGCGGCAGGAGUGUACUUAUGAAGAAUGGAUCCUUGACUAUAGUUAACUUGGAGAAGGAUGACACUGGCACAUAUGAGUUAGUGUACUGGGAUUCUGUGGAAGAACACAGCUUAAACUUCGAACUUGUUGUGUUAGAUUCUCUUCCAAAACCUGAAAUAAAUUGCACCACCAGUGAUGAUGAACUUAUAUUAAACUGUACAGCAAAUUUUCAGGCAUCUCUGAAUUACACUUGGGAGCUCAGUAACAAUCCACACAGAUAUCGGAACCGGGAGCUUUUUGUCCCUUUGAAGAAUGUUGAUACUACCACCAAUGCUACAUGUAUCAUUAAAUAUUCACAAACAGAAAGGAGCUCUGAAAUCUCUUUGAUUCAAUGCCUUCCAGAAGAAAAAGGACACAGUUCUCACAAACGACAUAGAACUAUUCUUUACCUCCUUAUUGCACUUACUAUCCUAAUGGUAAUCCUAGGAUUCCUGUGGAGGAAAGGUAUAAUUAAACUUGGGAAAAGGACUGCUCAGAAUAAUAGUCCAGUGAAUGGCUCAGGAGAGCAUGAGCAACUUUACCCUGGGAACAGCCAACAACAAUCUAACUCAGAGAGAGACAGAGCACUGGAUGGGAAUGAGGUGGCCCUGAAAGACAAGCAGAUAGUUGAGAAUGGUGUAAAUCAGGAAGAAGUGCCCCAGGAUUCAGAAGGUGAAAAUGGGGGGCACCCAGACAACUCCUCCAGCUGCACUAAAGGAGAUCUUAAAGCAUAAGGAAAUAAUUGCUUUGUUGCCCAAACAAACAUGGAAGAGAAGCAGUAGAAUUCAGUGAUGAAGGAGGUGCUACCUUCUCCCUUCCACAAGCCAUGAAGUUGUCAGACCUUCAUCAAGAAGCCCUUUGAAGACAGGCUGAACUGUUUCCAGUGCCUAUUUUUCUUUCCUCAGGAAAAACAGCCUCCUUUUCUAGUGUUACUAUGUGAAGACAAAUAGGCCAAAUCAUGUACAAAAUCUUUUUAAUUGUUUUGUAUAUGGUUUUUUUGUAUAUGGGGUUUUUUUACUAACACACUAAAGCCUCUUUGUCAUUAAUAUUUAGAGAUUUACAAAGUUUUAUAUAUUUGCAUGAAUGUGACCAAAUCAAAAACUGAUCAGCUUUCACUUUUUUAUCAGUACCUUUUUACAGUCAGAAAAAAAAACUUCAUCCUUCAGCAGGCCCACAUGGUGGAAGUUUGCAUUUUCUAGUCUUGGUUCUAGACAAAGCUAUGUCCUAGAUUUGCCAGAUGCCUGGCAAAUGGAUCAUCUCCUGACAGUGGUUCAUUCUGGGAUAAAACUACAUUUCAGCUUGUUUUUGCACUGUAACAAAGCAGGUUUGGUCUUUUUCUAAAGCUUUUUAUAUUUUUUGAACUUUUAGGACUUUUUAAGCCUUUGCUCUUCAUAUUUUUUGAAGAAUGUCAUCUCACUUCUACUCAUUUCUAGGAAAUAAUAGUAUGUUUUUAUGUUGCUUGAGACUAGAACAAAAACUUGAAAACUGAGGUAGUGUAUAUAAUGAAAUCUAAAAAGAAUCAAAAAGAAAACCACCAUGCAUUAAUGCUUUCAGAACAUCAAGCUAUGGAGUGCUUUUCGUUAUGUUUACAUGCUGACUGUUUAUGAAAGUUGAAAGCCAGUUCAGUUCAUUUUGAACAUGGCAUGUGUGAAGAAUCAUGAAGGUUUGACACUGGUAACCAAAGAUCAGAAGACACUGGUAGCAUUCAGCUUUCCCCUUGUUUUGACUUUUGCCCUUUCCACUCCCACAAUUUUUUCUUCCAUUUGCAGCUGCAUGAGUGUACAGCUUGUAUACUGUACACUGUGCAAACAUUCAAAAGUCACUUUUGGUAGAACCUUUUCAUCUACUUCUGUCUGUAAAUAUUUGUAAUUUAUUAAAAAAAAUAUUCAAGGUGUAAAAAA